UCUCAGACCUUUCUUAGCCCUUGGCCUGAGACCAAGAGAGAGGAAGAAAGAUCUUAAAUAAAACACAAAACAUGUUCCCAGCACGCGCGCGCGCGCGCGCGCACACACACACACACACACACACACACAGAGAGAGAGAGAGAGAGAGAGAGAUAAUAGGUUGCAGAGAGCUCUCAGACCUAUGUUAGCUCUUGAUCUUACACCAAAAGCGGGAGAACAAUCUUAAAUACAAAUUAUGCAUCAUCUACACGCGCUCGCGCGCACAGGCUAGCAUGCUCGCACAAAAGCCUCGCUUUCCCAAUGCUCUGUGAGCAUUGGUCUCCAUCCUCGCCCAUCUCUGACAGGCUCUCUUCUGUUCGGUCCCCUCAAGACCCAGGGGCACAUCCCUGGGAAGGGUUGGAGCUGGACACAGCUCUAAUACAGAAGAGGUGAAGGUGGGACCAGACCCGCCCUUGCCCCGCUUCCUAUAAGGGCAGAGGACCUGGGACUGCCAGGUUCACACACCAUGAGGCUGUCUAGAAGACACAGGACCUUCCUGCUGGCUUUUGCACUGCUCUGCACCCUCUUGGGUCUCGGGUGCCCUCUAAGCUGUGAAGUGUGUAAGGGCUCGGGACACACAUGCAGCGGGAAAAUGAAGACCUGUGAUGCCGACAAAGACGCAUGCGUGGUUCUUGUGGGCGAGUCCAGCACAAAGGGCCGAAAGUCAGUGAGCACCUUCAAGGCCUGCACGAAGUUUAAAGACUGCUACUCUGGCUUCGUAUCUACCACCAUGAGUCCCAAUGACUACAUGGUGUCCAACGCCCACUGCUGUCAGAGCGACGGUUGCAACAGUGUCUCGGUGCCCCUUCCCCAUAACAAUCGGACGGAGAACGGCCUGAUGUGUCCCUCCUGCAUUGUGCCCUUCCAAGAGACGUGUCCAGGAACCCAGACAGCCCGUUGCGUGGGCCCGGAAACACACUGCAUCUAUUUUGCUGGCAAUGUGCAGGCUGGUAUUAUCAACACGAAAUUUGCCACGAGAGGCUGUGCCACAGAGAGCGCCUGCCACACCAAGGCUGGAGCCGAGGUGCCUUCGGCCUCCUACCUCUACUUCCUGCGCCGGGCAGACUGCCUGCCCGCGCCCUACCCGCCUGGCAGGGGUGAGUGAAGACUAAGGAGUAUGUGU